AUGUAUUUCUUUUUGUGUCAUUUAUCCUUUUCUGAUAUCUUACUAUCUACAAACGUGGUUCCGUACCUGUUGUGUACGCUAUUAGGUAAAUGUAAAAACUAUGCUGGUGAGUUCUUGCCUUACACAGUACUUUUUUGGUUCCUCUUCAACUGUUUCCUCCUAACGGCAAUGUCCUACGAUCGAUAUUUGGCCAUCUGUAGACCCUUACAUUACAACACUGUAAUGGGCAUGAAGGUCUGUUUCCACCUCGUUGUUUGGUCUUGGACAGUUGGGUUUCUCCUUAAUCUGUCUUCUAUUAUUCCAAUGAUCCAUAUGGAGUUCUGCGGUUGCAAUAUCAUUGAUGACCUUUACUGUGACCAUGCGCCUCUCCUCCAUGCUCCCUGCUCCGACACCUACAUCAUAGAACUGGAAACCAUGAUAUUUUCCAUACCUGUUGUGCUUUUUCCCUUUAUGUUUGUGAUAAUGACUUACAUGAGAAUUUUCUUUGCUAUUUUGAAGAUUUCCACCACCUCCGGAAGAAGGAAAGCUUUCUCUACCUGCAGUUCCCACAUUAUUGUUGUUGCAAUAUAUUAUGGAACCUUAAUUGCUAAAUACACAGCUCCUUCUUCAGGAAGUUUGUUGAAUGUAAACAAAGUUAUUUCCCUCUUAUAUACUGCAUUUACACCCCUACUGAACCCUGCUGUAUACAGUCUACGGAACCGUGAUAUAAAAGAAGCUAUGCGUAAAUGCAUACAUGUUGCAUAA